AUGCAAAGAAAAGGUCAAGCCCUUAGUCCAAGUGAAGUUGCAAGAAGGAAGAAACUUAACCGUGAAAGAGUCAGAAAAUACAGGCAAAGACAAAAAGAGAAGAAAGCAGAAAACUCUUCCCAAGACCAAGAUGUAUCACAAGCUUACCAAACACCUCAAGCUCUAGGCAAGGCUCUUGGUAAGGUCAGCAGAGUGCUUCCCAAAAGCCCCAGAAAACGGAAGGCUGUGGUUUUCAAACUAGCACAUGCUUCAGGUUUUCUUGGGAAAAAGAAGUGCACUAGAGGUAACAGGGGUCUUCCAAAAGAGACGGUACAUCUUGUUAAAGAUUUCUUUCAGCUUGACUCCAUCUCUCGCCAAGACCAAGGCAGAAAAGACUUUGUCACUGUUCGGGAAAACAACACAAAACAUAUCCAGAAAAGGCACUUGUUGUGGUCCCUAAGGGAAUGUUAUAGCAUAUUCAUGAAAGAAAACCCCACCACUGAGAUUGGCUUUAGUAAGUUUUGCUCCUUAAGGCCAGUGAAUGUCUUGCUUUCUGCUGCCAUGCCUAGAGAUGUUUGUCUUUGUAAGUAUCAUGAGAAUAUCAAAAUGCUUUGUGAGAGCCUGCAUAAAGAAAUAGAUGAUUUUCCAAUGUACUCAGGAACUUUUGCAGAAAAUUUUGUUUGCAACCCUGAGUCAGAACUUUGCAUGCUUGGCAACUGUAAAAAGUGUGCAAAAUGCCCUAGCUUGUUACAAAAAAUAAGGUCAAGUGCAGGAAAGCUUGAUGAGCAUGCAACAUGGUAUCAGUGGGAGCAUGUGAAACAAAUGGUGCAGGGAAAGAAAGGAAAAAGCUUGAAAAGGGUAAAGAAAAUUCAGAAAGUUCUAAAAGAGGGUACUGUUGAUGAUUUACUGGUAGAUCUAAAAGUUCAGCUGCCAUCAUUCUUAGAACAUGUGUUUGUAAAGAGACAACAGGCAAGAUUUUUCAAAGAGAAGCUAGAACAUCUGACAGAGGAAGAAGCAGUGGUGCAAGUCGAUUUUGCUGAAAAUUACAGCUGCGAGUACCAGGGAAAAGUUCAGUCAGCACAUUGGAGCCAAGACCAAGUUACCCUAUUCACUGUUGCAAUCUGGGCAAAGUCUUAG